AUGGCCAACCAAUUUGCCCGCCAACUCUGCCUUUCUUCCUUCCCUCCAAAUCCACAGAAUUUUAAAUCUCUAUGCUCCAACGGUCAACUGAGAGAAGCUCUGUUGGAAAUGGCCGCUAUAGGCCUUGAGAUGAAGUUCGACGGCUACUAUACACUCUUAAAUGAGUGCGUAAACCGAAAGGCCUUCAGAGAAGGCCAAAGAGUCCAUGCCCACAUGAUCAGAACCUGUUAUCUUCCGCCUGUGCAUCUCGGAACCCGGCUGAUCAUCUUCUACAACUACUGCGAUUGUUUGGGUGACGCAGGCCGUACGCUCGACGAAAUGCCCGAAAGAAAUGUUGUGUCUUGGACGGCCAUGGUUUCGGCUUAUUCUAAGAGGAGGUAUGCCUCUGAAGCCUUGAAACUUCUUGUACAGAUGUUAAGAUCAGGUAUGGAGCCUAAUGAGUUCACGUUUGUGACCAUAAUUACUUCAUGUACAGGCGCUUUGGGAUUGGACUUGGGAAGGAAAAUCCACUCUCUAAUAAUAAGAAGAAAUUUUGAGUCGCACAUAUUUGUUGGGAGCUCACUUCUUGACAUGUAUGCCAAAGCUGGUAGAAUCUAUGAAGCCCAAGGAGUUUUUGACUGCUUGUCAGAAAGGGAUGUUGUUUCUUGCACUGCUAUAAUCUCUGGAUAUGCCCAGCUGGGUCCUGAUGAGGAGGCUUUGGAGCUACUCCGCCAGUUGCAGAGAGAAGGAAUGACUUCGAACUACGUCACUUAUGCGAGUGUGUCAACAGCAUUAUCAGGGCUUGCUGAAUUGGACCUUGGCAGGCAAGUUCACAGCCACAUCCUUUGUCGGGAACUGCCCUCAUAUGUGGUUCUUCUGAACUCGUUGAUUGAUAUGUACUCUAAAUGUGGAAACCUGAGUUACUCAAGAAGGAUCUUUGAUAGCAUGACAGAGAGAACCAUCAUCUCGUGGAAUGCUAUGCUUGUAGGGUAUAGUAAACACGGAAUGGGUAAAGAGGUGGUUAAGCUUUUCAAAUUAAUGAAAGAGGAAAAUAAAGUCAGACCAGACAGUGUCACUUUUUUGGUGGUUUUAUUCGGUUGCAGCCAUGGAGGAAUGAAAGAGGGUUGGAAUAGUUUUAUGAGAUGGAAAAAGGUGAAAAUGGAAUCGAGCCAGAGCUUGAACACUCUGGGUGUGUCGUUGAUCUUCUUGGGCGUGCUGAUUGAGCCUGAAAAUGCUGGUAACUAUGUCAUUCUUUCUAAUUUAUAUGCUUCUACAGGGAGAUGGGAAGAUGCAAGAAUCAUAAGGGAAUUGAUGUUAGAGAAGGUUGUGAUAAGGGAGCCAGGAAGAAAUUGGAUUGAGCUUGACCUAAUCCUUCAUACAUUUCAUGCAAGCGAUUGCUCUCAUGAAAGAAUUAUCAAUUAA